CCCGAUGGGUUGUCGUCUCCCUGCUUGCCAUCGCCUCGAAAGCAAGAGCCAAGGCUGGCCUCGUACCGUUUGCGUCUACUCCUUUUUCUUCUUCUGCUUCUGCUUCUCGACCCUGCAUCGAUAGAUAGAACCCAUGUCCUGCAUCGACCUGGGCGUCUCCACAUACUGCGCGGCUUUUGCUGGCAACUAUGUCCUGUUCAACACGCCAACAGGCCAGUACAUCGAUAGCCUCAUCAACAGCAGCAUCAGUGGCGGAUACGCUGCUCAGAUGCAGCAGGGCUGUCCUGGCUUCAACCCCAAUGCCGUGCGAUACCACAUCACCCAGCUCUGCGGAUACAUGGUCUUCAACAACGGCGCAAGCUGCACGGAAAAUGCCAACAAGCCGGCGACGGCACAUCAGAUGUGCUCUUCCACCGAAGCAGCUUACCUGAGCUCCUUCCUCGCCCAGACCCAGACCACCGGCUGCAACGCCAACAGCACCAACAUCCAAACCGAGCUGGCAUCCAACAACCAGCUGCAGGCCGCCCUUGCUGAUUCGGCGGGCUGCAUCACCAGCACCAGCUUUGACUCGGCCAACUGCGGCUUUGGCGAUCAGACCAGUGCUACGGCGUUUUGCCUUUCCAACCCGACACAGUCCUGCUGUGCUUCUCUCCAGGCCAAUACUACUGCUACAGUCACAAAAACUAGUGCGUCGGCUCCCAUUGCCACCAGAUCGACCGGCCCAUUGACUCUAUUGCCCCAACCCACCACCUCCGCACCCUCUGAUGGCAACUCGUCGUCAAGCGUACCUCUGCCCGUAAUCAUCGGAGCUGCGGCCGGAGGUGUUGUGCUGCUGGUUGCCCUGAUCAUCGGAGUGAUCUUGGUCCGCCGACGAAAGACCCGCAACCUCGAGAGCGAGCCCCAUCAGUUUGCCACCGCAGCAGCGUUCAGCGAAAACGGCACAGGCAUCACCGUGAAUGAAACCAUGGAGUCUGUGUACAACUACGUCCCCAACCUCUCGGACGAAAUCUACAUUUAUGUUGGCGACUCUGUGCUCGUCAAGAACAAGUUCGACGACGGCUGGGCCUUUGGCUACAACCUCUCAACCAAGCAAGAGGGCACCUUCCCGCUUGCUUGCUUGGCUCCUUUGAAUGACCAGGGACGAAUCAGCACGCAGCAGGAGAUCAGACAACCCAUCCGUCAGCGUGGCUCCUCGCUGUAUGCCCCCAGCAGUGGUGUCUAGUCACUAUGCCUGCUGCUAAGUAUCCGAGCGCGGCUAUCAACCCCAUGAUGUUUUCCUGUCAUCAUGAACAUUGACAUCGACAUGGAUUCCUGGAUCCUAUGGCUUCUUUUUUUUUUUCCUUUCCUUCUCUUUCGUACAUCUGGGUUUCGUGGUGCUUCUUCUUUUCGUCUGUAUAUGCUCCUGCUUCGGAUGUCUCCCUUUCCAUUCCUUGCUGAU